AUGAUGAUUAAUGAUAGUCAAGAGAAGGAAAUGUUUCAGUUAAAAUCAUAUACACGACAUUCUAAAGGACCUAAAAACAUCGGUUACAUGAAUAUAUAUAUUCGUAAACCUACUCGCAAUGGUAGUCGGCAACCAUUUAAACGUUUUCGAUUUCCAACUGCUUGUUAUAAACGUCAUCAUUUUCGCAAAUUUGAUUCACUCGUCAAUAUCAUGCCAUGGAGUAAUAUUUAUUUUGAUCGACGUAGUCAACAAACAAUUAUCUAUUCGCUAAAAGGUGGAGUAUGCAUAUUACCGCCAUUAAUCAAUGUCCAUAAUCGUCUAUUCUCAGUUGCUGAGCUUAUUGCAUCUGGUUAUGCUAGUCUAACUAGAACUGGUGUCAGACCAAUCCGUCGUAUCAAUGUAACAUAUUAUUUCCAGUCAAGACAAUUGACUGGUCCGAAUGUACCACAAAUUAAUGAUCUGACAGGUGUUUUUGACAGUGGUGUUCGUACGGGGUAUGGUUCAUUUCCCCUUCUUAAACAACCUGAAACGCAGACUGAUAGAUUACCAGCUGUGACUAAAUCAACAUCAGCUAAACCUGUAUCGACUGGUAUCACAAGAAUCGUUAUUAACCCAUCAACGAAUACAAUUGCACCUAGUGAAAAUCCGACAUUUGAAGGGAUGACUUUUGGCACUGUAGGCGCAUAUGAAAAACUUAGGGGUAUUGCUUAUGGACAAUUGGAUCCUUACGAUAAACAUAAUAGCAUAAUUACAGAUCUUAAACUUGCUCCACGUAAUAAGGUUGGGAUGGUGGAGUAUUCAAUGGAUUUCUAUAUUCUAAAACCAAUAGAUCUGACCAAUGGUAAUCAUAAACUAUUCUUUGAAGUUAAUAAUCGUGGUACCAAAUUGUUCGGCCAAUUCGAUCAAUCCUCAGGAGGUAACAAUCCGACUAAUGCUAGCGAUGCCGGUCAAGCUUUUCUGAUGAAUCAAGGCUACACUAUUGCUUGGUGUGGUUGGGAUCCAAGCGUUUCGCCGACUGGUAAUCCAGAUCUAUUACGAAUCUAUUUGCCAAAUGCAACCAAUCCCGAUGGUUGUUCAAUUACUGGUCCUGGUUACGAAUAUAUUGUCUUUGAUAAUCCAACAACUACAUCUUAUAUAACUUCAUAUUCCACCAACAGUACUGAUACGACCAAAGCAAAUGAUAAUACUAUUUCACUUUUGCCUCUCAACACAACAUUCAAACAAAGUUCAAUCUAUGAACUAGUCUAUACAGCCAAAGAUCCUUAUGUAGCCGGUAUUGGUUUUGCUGCGACUCGAGAUUUCGUGUCUUUUUUACGUAGUUCAAGAGUCGAUAAUCCAUUGGCUGGUGAUAUCACUCGAGCAUUAUCUUGGAGUCUGUCUCAACCAGCACGUUAUAUGAACGACUUCAUUUGGUUGGGUUUCAAUGAGAAUUUAGAGAGAGAACAAGUAUUUGAUGGCGUUUUUAAUUGGAUAGGAGCAGGUAAUGGUAUUGGUUUAAAUUAUCGCUUUGCACAAUCAGGACGCACCGAGCGUAAUCGACAGAAUCACUUGUAUCCAGAAGCACCAUUUCCAUUUUCCUAUACAACUCUCACUGACUUCGGUACACACAAAACUGAUGGUCGUAACAUACAAUGUUCAAAAACGAAUACAUGUCCAAAGAUUAUGAAUGUCAUUUCAUCAAAUGAAUAUUGGGUGAAAGCCGGUUCAUUGGUACAUUCUGAUCUUGCAGGUAAUGACAUUACUGAUCCAUCGAAUGUUCGAAACUACUUAAUUUCUGGUACUCAACAUGGUUUUGCAUCGUCUGCUAAUUCUCCUAGAACCUGUCAACAAUUUGGUAAUGUAGUUGAUGCAAAUCCUGCACUUCGAGCUCUUUAUAUUGCACUCGAUCAAUGGAUUGAUGGCAGUGAACCACCUGCUAGUAUGGUUCCUCGCCAUGCCGACCGAACUGCAGUGUUCUCCAAUAUUACAAAUAAUUCUCCUCUUGGUAUUGGUGUUGUUUCGCAAACUUUGUUAAAUUGGCCAACAAUUUCUAAUGUUUUAUAUACAGGUCUAGUUACAGUUCGUGAUCGUUUUGAUUUUGGACCUGAUUUUAGCAAAGGUAUCAUCAGUAUCACUCCGCCUAAGUCAAUAGGCGUAUAUUAUCCAUCUUUCGUAUCAAAGCUUGACAUAGAUGGCAAUGAACUGGCUGGAAUACGUCUUCCUCCUGUGACUGUACCAGUUGCGACACAUACGGGAUGGAAUCUACGUAGUGCAGCCUAUGGUGGAAAUUAUGGGUGUGAAGCAGCUGGCUCAACAGUACCCUUUGCACUUGACAAAACGACACGAAAUGCUAAAGGAGAUAGCCGUUUGUCGUUAACUGAACGUUACAGUACUCGAAGUCAAUAUGAAGCAGCUGUAGCUGCAGCAGCCAAUGCACUUGCUAGUAAGCGUCUAUUACUCCCAGCCGAUGUACAAGCAUAUAUUACUGCUUCCAAACAACCAAUUCAAGUUAUCAAUAAUCCAACGUAUGGCAACUAUACCUGGUGA